AGUUCUUUGUUAGGAACCAAAACUUUUCAAAAAUUGUCUGUUUUACUCUUGUUUUCAGUUGAAACAACUUGUUCUUCCACCUGUUUCCUAUUCCAAGAUUCAUAUUCAUAUUGAUAUAAUUUGUUUAAAAUGGAGCAACAGAGUGAUAAUUCUGGUAAAACAACAUUCAAAGUAGAGUUUUUAGGUGAAUAUCAUGACUUAGUCAUUGAUUGGAAUGAUGAUAAAUAUAUAUGCAAAGGGAAACAAUUAUUCGACCAGCUUGAAUCAAUAACUGGAGUACCAAAACAAUAUAUUGCCGAAAUCAAUGUGUAUGAGCCUUGGUGGGAUCCCUUUAACACACAAUAUCGUACCAUCAGAUACAAUGAAACUUACGAUUUCAGGCGGUUUGCUAUCACUAAGGAGCAGAUCUUGAAUUCAGUUAGUUAUGCUGAAGGACGUUUCCAUCUCGCUUAUGACAUUUACUUUGGCAAUCGCGAGAAAAAUACUUCAAUUUAUUAUUACCUAGUAGCUGAAAGUUCGGUGCCACAAGGAGAAUGCUGUUUUUAUUUCUGUCGAUUUAAAAAUACUAAAACUGUUUUCAACAAAGUGAAGGAUAUUAUCAAUAAUGAUCAAUUGAAUGCAAAAGUUAUGUCUCUUGACCAACCACACAUAUUUAUCGAACGGGAUAAGGUUUUUAGACAAUUUAAUGUCUUACAAUAUUUCUUGCCUAUGUGUCGUGAAAGAUUUUGGCGACAGCAAGACGAUCAGAUAUGCCUUUACUUGAGGACACGCGGCUGAUUGGACCAACAAGAAGAGUCUCUUCAAUGAACUUAAAGAAAUGAAUAAAUAAAAUGAUAAAAGUUGAGACAAAACUAUCGAUAUUUAUUCCUUGAUAUUAUUGUAUUCAGUUAUUGUUUCAAACUUGAACUCACCUGCUAAUACCUUAUCCCCGUGUAUAAUGUCACAACACUCAAAAUGUGACAUUAAUUCAAAGAUUUCAUUGUAAAAAUUUUAAAGAAUUUAGUUUUUUACGGUUGUGUUUGUAAAGAGCGCUCUGACUCAGAUCACAACUUGUUUUGCCCAAUAACCUAGUUCUUUGUUAGGAACCAAAACUUUUUCAAAUUUUGUCAGUUUUACUUUUGUUUUCCGUUGAAACAACUUGUUCUUCCACUUGUUCCCUAUUCCAAGAUUCAUAAACAUAUUGAUAUUAUUUGCGUUAAAAUGGAGCGACAGAAUGACAAUUCUGAUAAAAUUACAUUCCGAGUAGAGUUUUUAGGUGAAUAUCAUGAAGUAGUCAUUGAUUGGAAUGAUGAUAAAUAUAAACACAAAGGUAGACAAUUAUUCGACCAGCUUGAAUCAAUAGUUGGAGUACCGCGUGAAUUCAACUAUGAAAUUCUUCUGCAGUAUCACCAUGUGGUAGACGGAGCCAAUACAUCACCAGGGGACCCAUUUUAUCAUAACAUUGACGACACUGAUGAUUCAAACUACCCUAAUAAGGAGGAGAUCUGUGAUUCAAUUAGAGAUGCUGAAGGACGUUUUCGUCUCGGUUAUGAUGCUCAUUAUUGGUUUAAGAGAACUCAUAUUUGUUUUUUUCUAGUACGUGAAAGUUCGGUGCCAGAAGGAGAGUGCUUUUAUGAUUUCUGUCGAUAUAAAAAUACUAAAAGUUUCUAUAACAAGGUGAAGGAUAUCAUCAAUAACGAUAAAUUGAAUGCGAAAAUUGCGUCUGCUAUCCAACCAAUAAGAGAUUAUAGAGAAAAGAGGGAAAUCCUCAGACAAUUCGAUGUUCUAAAAUAUUUCCGUUCAAUUUGUGAUGAUCUUUAUACGAGGAGAUACGUAAAUGAGCAAUUUAGAUAUAUGUUUUGUGAAAGAAAUCUCUAUUUGCGAACUCACGGUUAAUAGACUGAGAUGCCCUUUCAUCGAUUUCUCUUAUUUAAUUUAU